UUGAAAGUGUUGAGCUCCCGUGAGUGUCCAACAAUGUAGACCCAGGAAGCCCUCUUGAGAGCAAAUUGUUUGUGUCCUAUCUGGACCCUUAUGGACAUUUAUUCAUCACUCGGUGUCGUGUCCUCCGGAGGCCGGGCUGGGACAGAUGUGGACGCCGACGAGAGAGGAGGACUGUCCGUGUGUCUGUCAGCAGCACCGGGGAUGAAAUGCUCGCGUUUUUUCUGAAUCUCAUUCUCUCGGUCGCAUCCAGGCAUCAUCAUUAAACUUUCAAAAUGAGGAUUUUCGUGUCUCUGCUGAAAAACACAAACCCCAAAAUCGAGUAUUACUCCAGAUUUUCUCCUUCUCCGCUCUCCAUUAAGCAGUUUUUGGAUUUUGGUAGGGACAAUGCUUGUGAGAAAACAUCUUACAUGUUCCUGCGUAAGGAGCUGCCAGUGCGACUGGCUAACACCAUGAGAGAGGUCAACCUGCUACCUGACAACCUGCUCAGCCAGCCUUCUGUCAGACUGGUGCAGAAAUGGUACAUGCAGAGCUUUGUUGAGCUGCUGGAUUACGAGAACAGAAAGCCAGAGGACCCACACGCUUUGAAUGACUUCCUGGAGCUCAUGAUUGAGAUCCGCAACCGUCACAACGAUGUGGUUCCCACCAUGGCUCAGGGAGUCAUCGAGUACAAGGAGAAGUUUGGCUUUGACCCCUUUAUCAGCAGCAACAUUCAGUACUUCCUCGACCGCUUCUACACCAACCGCAUCUCUUUCCGCAUGCUCAUCAACCAGCACACUCUCCUGUUUGGUAACGACACAAACCCUGCGCAUCCAAAACACAUAGGCGGUAUUGAUCCCACCUGCAGUGUGGCUGAAGUCGUCAGAGAUGCCUACGACACGGCAAAGAUGCUGUGUGAGAAGUACUACUUGGCAGCUCCCGAUCUGAAGAUUGAAGAGUUCAACAUGAAGGCCCCAAAAAAGCCCAUCCAGGCGGUGUAUGUACCCUCUCAUCUGUUCCACAUGCUGUUCGAGCUCUUCAAGAACUCAAUGAGAGCCACAGUGGAGCUUCACGAGAACAGCGAAGAGGGAUUACCACCAGUGAAGGCAAAAGUCACUCUGGGUAAAGAAGAUCUCUCCGUUAAGAUCAGCGACAGAGGAGGAGGAGUCCCUCUGAGGAAGAUAGAUCGUUUGUUUAACUACAUGUACUCCACUGCUCCGACACCAAGCCUGGAGCCAGGAGCUGUCCCAUUGGCUGGUUUUGGCUACGGUUUGCCCAUUUCCAGGCUCUAUGCCCGAUACUUCCAGGGGGACCUGAAACUCUACUCCAUGGAGGGUGUUGGCACUGAUGCUGUCAUCUAUCUGAAGGCCCUCUCCAGUGAGUCCUUCGAGCGUCUUCCUGUCUUCAACAAGUCAGCGUGGCGGCAUUACAAGACCAGCCCCGAGGCGGACGACUGGAGCAACCCCAGCAAAGAGCCGCGUGAUGCCAGCAAGUCCAAAUACAAAGCCAACAGAUAACUCUGCCUGACCCUGCUAGCCCCGCCCCUCUGCUGGGAGCCAAAAUGGCCUCCUGCCCAGAGCAUGUACGAUGAAAUGUUGCCUUUGGGUAAUAACUUGGUUUCAGAUCAGACUUGUUCUCACAUUCCGGUGGUUAAAGAUUCGGAAAAGAUGGAUGACCCUGAAUUGUUUCUGUACCCAAUGGCAAUGACAUUCAUCAGCGUAGCUUUCAUUGGUGUGGCAUUAACGCUGGCUCUCCCAAGAUGGUUUAAAAUGAACCUCCAAAUUAUAGAUUCCCUCUGUCAUAAUACUGACUCGAUUUUCUCCCAUUACUUCAGGCUAAAUUCACUGCACCUCCGUCCCCUCUCACUCCGUCUCAUGCAGUCUAGCCUGACUCCUCUUUGCUGAGUAGAUCGCCGCUCCCCGUAGCUGAAUACGCCUCGCACUGCUGAGUGUCUUUCUCACCGUCAGUGAAGGCUUGUAUUCAGUUUCUCCCUUUCAAACACAAGCAGAGUCAGGGGGGGUUUGAGUUUCAGUGCGAAUUGGAAGAGGAGGAGGUUUCAUUUCCUUCCUUUGGGAGACACUUUUGACUGAACGCACAAGUAGGCCAGUGUGUCAUUGGCAUAGCAAAGACCUGUUUGUAUUGAAGCUUGGGAACACGGAAAAACAGGAUUGCCUAUAGAUGAGAAAAAGGAGAACUUCUUAAAAAAAAGAAUAGGAAGCAAUUCAUCAAGUUUAAAGAUGAAGAAGUUAUGUUUCAUCUUAAAAAGAGAAAGCCUUACUUCUAGCAUAUUUGAUGUUUAAAAAAAUCUGCCUUCAAGGCUCUACUGCAACUUGAAAUUAAUUUAUAAUGUAAGAAUAUUACAGAAAGAAAGUAUUUUGUCUCAUAGACGUUCACUGAACUCCCACCUUCAUUCAGUUGACUGGCAAUACUGACUUUCAUCAGACAUUUUUGCUUCUACGCCAGCUUUGCACCCUGAUUUAAAAACUUCUAAAGGACCAAAGGAGCAUCUGUAGGAUGCCUAGAAAAUGCCUAGUAGCUUCAGCCACACCAGCAUGAUGUAUUGUAUGAACCUGCACAGAGAGGAAUGGACCUGCCACAUCUUUCAAGGACUAUAAAAGUGGGAAUACAUCAUUACAUCAUCCUGCAAACUCAUUACUCCUGCCAUGGUGGAUACAUGCUCUCAGCUUGGACUUGUGACCCUAACAGUGCUUCAUCCAGCCAGCCUCGUGACUCACUUGUUGUAUUACUAACUAACCCUGACAGUCUUCUGAAUGAGUUUGAAACAAAGCUUGCGUAUUUUUAAAAUGUA